AUGUAUUCGAAAAUUGUGAACACAUUACUCGGUCGACAUAAAUCUAAGCCGGACCUCGCUCAUCAGUGCAAAUCACAACCGGGUCCAGCUCAUGACGCCGUCACCGCCACCGUGCUGAACCCCGUCGACGGCACACACCUGUUGGCAGAUGGGAACGCUCCGCCCACGCAGCCGGUAAGGCAGCCGGCUUUCGUGACAGCUGCGGCCGGCCACGCCCUACUGCUGGACGACUGCCAACUCAUUGACCACGCCCCUUGUCCAAGGUGCACUCGUGCAGAUAACUACGAAGUACCGGAUAUGCGGCAACAAUUCGCGUUGUCAUGGAAUGUCAGGUAUCUUGGCUCAUUCCCAAUCUCAAACACCACUCCGGAACAUGUAUCGUAUCGUCUGGAACAUUUCCAAGUCCCGCCCACAUCGAAACCUGUCACAUUAUCGGUAUCGUUACUUGGAGUACGAGUUCAUACUAGAGAGAAUCUUCUGAUGUCACAUUCGCUUCGACGUGUCUGCAGUGUAAUCGGUAGGGCACAUCUUCGUCAGGUAGCAUACACUGCAAUGGAAGCAGCUGGACAAACUUAUCGUCGACAAUGUCACGUGUUUCAGACGGAAGACAUUCAUCAGGUCGAAGAAAUCGAAUCCGUAUUGGGGAACGCAUUUGAGGCAGCACUUGUCACCCGAACCAGUACACCAGUACGACCGGUCACCAUGUCGACACCGUUGCCAGCUCCUAUACCGUCAAAAUCCGAUAAACGUACCUCGUCCACCGCAUUCAUGUCUCGACUCCUGGGAAAAGGCAAAGAAACAUUUGAGGAGAAGUCGAAGAGGAAACGACGACCAGUUAGUGCGGUGUUCUCGAGUGCAAUUCAUCGCCUCUCAUCAACCGCUUCAAUAGCAAAUAAGAGGAUGAGCAAUAUUGACUCUCCACCACGUAAAGAUAUUCGCCGAGAAGAAUUUCAACCUAAAGCAACCUCGCCAGUCCCAGAGGAACCUAUUCCAAGUAAAAAUAGGGAGAAAAAACCUGCUGUUGAACCUGUGCUAGUCUACGAUGAAAAACUUGGUGAAUGGAUUUAUCCGAUCGAUGAAGCGUUACAAGCUCAACUGGAUAAUGUCAGCUAUUUUGUGAAGUUGCCGUCAAGGGAAUUAUUGGUGCGAAAUUUGUUGUCACAUUGCGAAGGCGCAUUCGUUGUUCGAUAUUCGGAAUCGAAGCGGCGAUGUUUGGCGUUGAGCGUUCGUGUGCCGCCCACGCACAAUCCGGCCUGUAUCUCACAUUAUUUGAUCAUCAGAAAUCAAUACGGAUAUCGAAUUAAGAGUUGUGAAAAACAUUUUCCAUCGCUUCAAAUGCUUAUCACUCAUCACUCGGUGAUGCCGGAAAAGUUGCCCGUGGCGCUGGUGUUCGUGCAAUGGAAUCCGUCCGAUUGGAUUGAGGUCGGCGAUUUGAGGUUAGCAGCUGCCGAUGAAAAACGACAUUCCUACGUGACCAACCAUACGAGAUGUUCCGAAAUAGAUGAGAACAGAAAUUCCAAGUACUAUCAUGAUCACGAACGUAGAAUUGAGGACUAUGUGACACCGAAACGAAGAUCACGUCUUUAUCUGGACAAUUAUCGUCAUUCCCGAAUCAUUGACAUCGCGUGA